AUGAAAAAGUCCAGAAACUCGGCCCGGGAGCCGCUGCCACGAUGUCAAUUUGAUAAAUUAACAACGCUUUCCCAAUUUAUCUCCAAUACGCCGCCUCCUGCAGGUGCGGUGAUAUUUGCCCCUCUGUUUGAGGAAAGAAAAAUGCUUUCCCCGGCGCCACUGCUCGAUCAAGAGGAAAAUGAUGGCGGCAAACAGGAGGGAAAUGAUACCCUUUCCUCAAUCAUCUGUUCAGAUGAUUCUUUAAUCCUUGUAAAUACAAACCUAUAUCAAAGCUUCUGUAGCGCUUCUUCAGCAGAAAGGAUCAACUUUCUUUUCAACCAAGUUCCUCUCAACAUUUCCAAAUCACAGCUUUCCAGUCUGGUGGUCAGACUAAGGACACAUCUAAAAGUCGAUCCCUUUUCUGUGCUUCCUUACGAGAUGUGCGCACGAAUUGCAACACAUCUUGACGCCGACUCUAUGCUACUUGCAAGAUGUGUUAGUCGGCGGUGGAGGGAGCUCGUCGAUCCAAUGGAGCAGCUUUGGAGGAAACACUUGGACGAAGACUCCAUAGGCGGCUCCUCUUCCAGCCAUUUUUGCUCCUCGCCUGGUGAGGGCAGGAGUUUUGAAAAAUUCUUUGAUCAUCUUUUGGCCGAAAGGUCGAUGCGCUUUGCCUGGUUCCAUGCCCCUCCUUUACGGAUAGACGUUCCAUGCCACAACCGUGCCGUUAUAACGUGCCUUCAAAUUUUGGAUUCCGAUUCGUCCUUUGCUAGUGCCUCUGACGAUGGCUCGGUGCUUCUUUGGCAGAUUUCGCCGCCAAAGGUGAUUUUUGCACUGCUUGGCCAUACUGGCGGGGUCUGGUGCAUCCACUCCAUUGGGAAUCUGCUCCUAUCUGGCUCAACUGAUCGUACACUUCGUCUAUGGAACAUCCAGACAGGGUUAUGUGUCGGUAUUCUUCGAGGACAUUCCUCUACCGUCAGAUGCGCCUCGUUGGUUGCUUCUCCUCUCACAGGGGCUCAUUCUAUAUUGGCAAUUUCGGGUUCCAGAGAUGCAACCCUGCGGGUUUGGGAUUUGGAGAGCAUGUCCACUCGAUUUUUAUUGGAGGGACAUACGGCGGCGGUCCGGUGUAUUGCCGUCGAUGGAAACAUUCUCGUCUCUGGGUCUUAUGAUUCAACGGCAAGGAUAUGGGAAAUCAGCACCGGCCAUUGCCUCCAUGUUCUUAUAGGGCAUAUGGCCAAAAUUUACUCUGUUGCAAUCCUUGACAACAUGGUUGCAACGGGCGCCAUGGAUUCGAACAUCUUGCUCUGGGAUAUCAAGACCGGUCAAUGUCUGUCCAUUUUGGAGGGUAUUCAUUUGAGUGCAAUUUAUUAUUGUAUAGGAAUGCGAGGCAUCAUCGGGUCGCUUUCCUUUCUCGAUUCUGAGCGUCUUGUCUCUUCUUCUACGGAUGGUUCGGUGCGGAUUUGGGCCAUCAAAAUGCCUGGUGAGUGUAUCCAUAGGUUACGAACCGACAACGCUGCUGCGGUGGCCUUUUUACAGGCAAAUUCGACCAUCAUUGUUGCUGGCUCUGAUCGAGUUCUUCGCAUGUGGGAGACCGCAUCUGGGCGCCACAUCAGGGAUCUCAUAAAUGAUGUGGAUUCCAUUUGGCGCCUUGCCUUUAACCAUAAUUUUUGCGUCGUUGGCUGCCUUAAAAACGGCAUCACUACUCUUUCGUUCCUGUAUUUUUCAUGGCCAUCUCACGGAACCAUCUAUCGCAAUAACCCUAAAUUAAUGUAG